UACUCAUAGUGUUACCUAAGAGUCCUACUACUGCCUGAGGAUUAGGAGGGUUGUAGUUACAUUACUUAAUAUCAACAUUAAUGAGUAACUAUCUGAGAAAAACGCUCUUAGGACUUUGACUAGCUAACAUAGCAGACUGCUGUGAUGUCUUGUGCUGUACGCUGGCAACCUGCAAAGGACUUUAUCUACUCAGAUUCAGCAUCUUCUGAUUUAAAUGGAACAAAACAUUACUCGUUAUCUCUGGGCGAUCUGACGAAAGAGAAAAAAACUCGCAGCUUAAGAGUUUCUCUAGGAAACUAUAUAUUCACCUCCAGAAAGAAAAUGAAGGCCCGUGCUCCUCCUCCACCUCAGUCCACGCCAAAACCUCGCAUGGAGCACACGUCGUCUACCGAGUCAGAUGGCACAGGAAACCAAAGUCAAGAAGAAUCAAAAGAAAACGUCUUGCAUCGGAAGGUGGAUAUCACAGUAUGCUUACCAGAUGGCCAGGAAAAAACAGUCAAUGUAGAUGGAAGUAAAGCCGUGAUGGACUUUCUAGUAGAUCUGUGCAGCCAAUACCACUUGAAUCCCGCUCAACACACUCUAGAAGCCCGUUCUGGAGCAUCACAGCAACCUUUUCUUUUAAGGCCAAACACUCUUAUUGGGACUUUGGAUUUACAAACUAUUUUUCUGAAGGAAAAAGUGCAAGAAGUGAAAGUAAGAAAACCGGCUCCAAAGAUUCCUGAGAAAACUGUCCGGCUGAUUGUUAACUAUCUUGGCACCCAGAAAGCUGUUGUGAGAGUCAAUCCAGCGGUGCCAUUGCAGAACAUUCUUCCAGCUGUGUGCGAAAAGUGUGAAUUUCAUCAUGAAAAUGUCACCCUGUUGAGAGAUGCAAUCAGCAGAGAGGAACUAGACAUGUCCCAAUCCUUGAAUGAUCUGGGUGUUAAAGAGCUGUAUGCCUGGAACAACAAGCAAGAAAAGAAUCGUAAACUUUCCUCAAGUAGCGACACAGCAGAAAGAGAGAAAAAAGGAAUUUUGGGAUUUUUUCGCAGCCACAAAAAGGGAAACAAGAAUGAGACAACAAUAGGACGUGCGGAUAGUGAUGAUUACGAAGAGAUUUUCCAGACUGCAUCUACCAGUGGGCAAAGGUGUGAACACAUUCUUCCAAAAGGAUUUUGGAUUCCUCAGGGUUUUUCAACUGCCCCAAGUUCUCCAUCUGUAAAUUCACGUUCUCUUGCUCUGGGGGCAUCAUUGUCACUGAGCAAUAUUUCUGGCAUUGGUGCUAGAACAGAGGUGAAGAAACGUAGAGCACCUCCACCUCCAAAGCCUGCCCCUCAAAUGAAUGCUGCUGUAAAAACUCCAGAAGACAAGAUAACAGAGCCGCUUUAUGCCACAGUUCAUAAGGAACAGCAGACAAAGAAAAGAAGAGCUCCACCGCCACCAACUCCUCAAAUGCCAAAUGAAAAGAGUGAAGAUCUGGAGAAAAGGAAAAGCUCGAUGAGUAAUGGACGGCAGGUUCCACAAAAACCCCCAAGAGGAACGUCCAGAAGUCCACCUCAGUUAGAGAUACCCCCACCCCCUCCCUACCCUCCACCUGAUAAUGAUAUUUCGGAUUCACCUUUCUAUGAAAAUGGAGCUGCUAUAACAGGAACAACCAGACCUAUACCUGCUAAACGUGGGAAAAGCCUGGAACACAGUAAUAGCAUCACAUCAGAAGAAGUCCUAACAACUGAUGAUUGUGGAUCUGUCAAUAGCUACACAGAAGAUUCAGGCAUUGUGAGCUCUCCAUCAGAUAGCAUCUCACCAGAUUUGCAAACCGAUAGUUACAAGAAAAGUGACAUUAGCAACAAUUGGACCAACAAAGCCAAUCAGCAACCUGCCAGAGUGGAGUCCUUUAACAGUGAUGACUCAUGGAGCUUAAAUACAAGUUCAACUCGGGCAGAAGAUGAAGUGAUAUCAGUCCGAAAUGGUGAUGAGGAUAUUUUCAUCACUACACAGUUCCAAGAUACACUGGCAGAACUGGAUGAAGAUUCAGAAGAUGUUGAUAAUGGGGACCACAUCCAAAGCAUCAUAUCAGUGCUCGUUCAAGUCCAGUGGGAGAAGAAUCCAGACAGGUUCAUGAGUACAAGGAAAAUGGUGCUGCUGUUGCCUGUCACCAUUAUAGAUGAGAUUCCUGAAGUUACCACAAACAGUUUGAAGUAUAGUGUACAUACCAUUCCACCUGCAAAUGACUUCAAUACAAUGAAAAAAUCUUCUGCUGUAGGCAACACCAUAAAUGACAAUUUAAUUUCCCAUGGGGAAAGUAUUGCAAAAAAAACUUACACACCACACAGCAAUGUUAAGUCACCAAACUCUCCAAAGUGAAGCCCUGUGGCAACAGUUUUAAACAGGCUGGCAGAUAUCUCAAAACAACGUUCAUUCAAAAGUGAGUUUAGUUCCAAGACAACUGAGCGACCCAAGAAUGCCAUUGAAAAUCCAUCAUCUAAUCCACCUAAGUCAGCUUUCCCCAUAAAAACAGAAAAUGAAUCAAUGCAAGUUAAGAAUAAAGCUAACUGGUGCCUGACAGCAGACAAAAACUAGGAAUUAAAGAAAACCAGGCUCCACAAAGCAAUACUAAUAAGGCAGCAGAAACCUCCAAACCAAGUUUGUGGGCGGCAUCAGACAUAUGAACCAAAGUUGGCAUGAGACAUUUACAGUGGUCCCUCAAAACCCACUGUUAAAAAAUAUGACAGAGGUGUUUCCCUUACUCCAAGUGCCAUCAAGAUAGAUGAUCAAGGGAAUCUAAUAAGUCUACAGUCAUCUUUUGAAAAAAAGUGAUAGUUUUGCUAAUGACACAGAAAGUCCCUUUGUAGAAAAACCUCUGGCUGCAAGAGCUAAAGAGUUUUGGAGAUUCAAGUUCAAUGGAUACACAGGGAGGGGAAUCAAAAGAGCAGCCUGUAAAAAGAUUGGACUUUCAAGAAUUAUAAGUCAAAUGAAAUUGUGGAGAAUAAUGCAAUUUUUACUUCAUCAAAAGGAUUAACACAGUCGAUACCUGUUAGUAAAUUAAAUGAUAGGGAUAACACAUUGCACAGGAACAAACCAACACCAACUGUUCCCAGGAAAAUGUGAUAUUAUUGAAAACACGAUCAA